UCCGACUGUUUGGGGUCACAGGUCAUGUAAGUUCAUCAUGAGUUCACGACGAAAUGGCGGGGUUGUGUGAAGUCUGAAAGAAACCAAGACUCAUCUACUGUUGUAUUUCUGAAAUAUACCCACCUUUUAAUUCAUGUGAACUUCUACUUCAAAGUUUUGGUGAUUCCCAGGUCUCAGUCUGUUUGACUCAACUGUAAAUUAUGCUUAUUAAAGAUUUCAGACGUGACUUUUACGAUGUUCUUCAACAUCAGCGCGUCCUCAUUCUGGUAGCAUUCGAUGUUGAUGCUCUGUGUGCCUGCAAAAUUUUACAGUACCUGUUUCAAUGUGAUCAAGUUUUGUACACAGUAGUGCCAGUCAAUGGGCUUCAAGGAGUGGAAAAUGCAUUUCUUGAAAAUGCAGAAGGGAUAAAACAUGUGAUAUUGAUCAACUGUGGGGCUUCUGUAGAUAUUGUGGAACUUCUUCAACCAGAAGACAAUGUUCGCUUCUACAUCUGUGACAGUCAUCGCCCCGUAGACAUCCACAACUAUUACAAUGCUGUGCAGGUCAAGUUGUUGAUGAGGGGAGAGGAAUUGUCAGUUCCCAGCUAUGAUGAGGUCUUUAGAGAUGACGAGUCAAGUGAAUCAGACACAGAAAAUGAUGAUCCAGAGCUUGGGGGUAAGAAAAAGAGAUUUGAUGAUGAGGCUAUUCUUCGUCGACAAGAGAGAAGACGAUGGAAGGAAAAUAGGGUGAAGCUCCUGUUUGACUAUACAAAGUUCACGUCAUUUGGUACUUCUGCAGCUUUGGUCAUGUUUGAACUAGCGUGGAAGCUGUCAAAGGACACCAACAAUCUUCUUUGGUUGGCAAUAGUCGGUGUGACAGAUCAGCAAAUUCACUACAGGACGCCCAGAGAGAAGUAUAUGGAGGACGUCUUGGCCCUGCAGGUGCACGUGUCCAGGCACAAUCAGCGAGGUGAUGAUGAUGAAAAUUUACUGUCUGUCAACUGUCUACGAGUUUCAUUUGAGGAGGAGCUGCACUUGUCCUUGUAUCGGCAUUGGUCACUUUUUGACAGUAUCUGCCAUUCCACUUCUGUCGCUUGCAAACUCAAACUAUGGAGUCUGAAAGGGCAAAAGAAACUUCAUGAAUUCCUAGCUGAAAUGGGCUUGCCGUUAGCACAGUGUAAACAACAAUACAGUGCCAUGGAGUCCACACUGAAAUCUGAAGUCAAGGAAAAAAUGCAGACCUUCAUGCACAAAUAUGGACUGGAGAUUCAAGAUAUCAUUCUUCCCUCCUUCACCAUGCAGUAUGGCUACAAAAGUGUUCUCUGUGCAGCCGACCAUGUGAUGAUGUGUGCUGCUCUCUUGGAGUCUAUCGAUAAGUCCAAGAUGUUGACGGAUUACUUCCUGGAUGGUACGGAGGUUUUACAAAGGUCAAAUCAAGAAAAGAUGGAUUCGGGAGUGGAUGCGGCUAAACAUCAGCUACGCAGUAUGGUGAAACAAAUCCAGUCAUUUAUAGACAUGCAUCAGAUCAUCUCAGCUGGACCCUUCCUGUAUGUUUUUAUACAAGAGGGAGCUGCAGAUUCGCGUUUUUUCUCCCAUCCGCAAUGCCUGAUCAGGCUGGCACGGUUCACUUUGGAAGCACACUGCAAUGUUACGAGGAAUAAGCGAGCUCGCAUUUUGCCACUGAUCCUUGGAGCUCCCCUGAUGAAUGAAGAGGGCUCAACGCUUGUUGUUGGGAUUCCUCCUUUGGACACAGAUGAUGAACGCAAAAAUUUCUUUGGCAAGGCAUUUGAACAGGCUGCGGAGUCCACCAACACAUCUGCCAAGUUUAAUAGUUUUGAAUCCCAUGUCAUUGAAAUGAAAUCAGAGGACAAGAGCAAGUUCUUUGACGCCAUGAUUGGUCUCCUGCAAUGAUGUGUUUGAACUUGUGGAAUAGCUUAUUUAUAUACAGUGGAGUCCGCUUAAACGGAAAUAUGCGGGACUGCUAGAUUUCCUUCGGUUUAGCCGGGUUUUUGGUUCAGAGAGUUUGCUCAAAUGGAAGAAAUAAUAAUUGGGGAUUUUAUUAUUUUUUUCCGGGUUACUGCUGUUUUUGGAUUGAACGUGUUCAGUUUAAACGGACUACUGUAUUUUUCUCGUCAUGAAUGCCAUGGAGAAAAAUGAAGUCCAAGGACAAGUGCAAGUUCUUUGAUGUCAUGAUCAGUCUCUUGCAAUGGUGUUUUAACUUGUGGGAUAGCUUAUAUUUAUUUGUCAUAAAAGCCAUCGCGAAAAAUGUCAGUUAUAGGUGUUCAGUUUUUCGCUGGAUCAAUAAUAGCAACAAGAUGUUCAGUUUUCCAAUAUAAUAGUUAAAGGGCAUGGAUAUGUGUAAGCUGUGCUUUAUGAUUUUGUGCAUUUCUUUAAACCUUAUUGAUGGGUGCUUAUCAAAACUGACACCCUCUGAUUAGUGUAUGUUGUGCACAGUUUGUGGUGGCUUUUGUCAACACAGGGGUGUGAUAAGCUUAGUUUUGUUGUUGGCAAACUGUACAUUGUUACUUGUUAAAGUUACGAUUUCUCCGAGUAGACGGUAUAAGAUUCUUCAUGUGAAGAAUAGGUUCAGGGUUGUUAUCAGAAUCAUACUUAGUUAUUGAGAACAUCAUAAUGAUAUCAUAUACACUACCUGCAAUGAUAAAUAAUUUAUUACAUGAGUUUUGGUGUAAGAUCAUGAUUUAUCCUACGAGUGAAAUUGCCAAGUUGUAAUCACAAGAUCUAGAUCCAGGCUAUUUUGCUUAGCCUACACUGAGGGAUAGAAGUAGAAAGCGAAUAUAGAUCUAGUGCGCGGAGUAAUUUAUGCAAAUUUUUAUACUUCACGUGUGAGAUUUCAGCUUACCCAACCUAUAUAUUUCAAUUUCAUGUGUGAAAUAUAAGGAUAUAUUUUACCGGAAGUGCAAUGCUAAAACAGUUCCAAGUAUGGUAUAAAAUAGUAAAAACAUUUGCAUGCGUGAUGAUGAUGAUGGCUGAUUGUUCAGUUGAUUUCCUGUUUGACUUUAGUGCGGGUGACUGUGAUUCGAGUCUCCAGUGAAGCAUUUUUUAAUUUGGGAAUUUUGGGAGUGUCAAGUCUCUUUGCACAAUUGUCUUGGCGAUUUGGACGUUUAUGGCCUUGAUCCCUUUCUUUACACCCUUAGAGUAAAUUCAUGUUCUUUUAGUUCAUGAGCCUAAUGCUUAACAACCAACAGGUACAUAAAAAACACAUAUUUAAUACAA